AUGUCAGCCAGGCUCCUCUGGGUCGGUCUCGGCAACAUUGGGAGGGAAAUGUGUAAAAACCUCGUCGAGAAGUCCAACUUGGAUCAACCGCUUCUCAUCUACAAUCGCACCGUCAAACGAGCGACAGAACUGAGCCAGAGCUUGCCCGCUGGCAAGACAGAGAUCGCAGUCUCGCUCGGAGCCGCCAUUACCAAGGCCGAUAUCAUCUUCACGUGCAUUGCCAAUGACCAGGCAGUAGAGGAGGUCUUCGCGACCGCAGUCCAGCAUGACCUCAAUGGCAAAGUAUUCGUGGAGUGCUCUACCAUCGCCCCCGCUACUUCCGAGGCCGCAGCGAGGUCGGUCCUGGACAAGGGCGCGGAGUUCGUUUGUGCCCCGGUGUUUGGUGCUCCCGCCAUGGUGGCUGCUGGUAAUGCGACUUUGGUGUUGGCAGGACCCAAGACUUCGAUCGAGAAGAUCCGGCCAUACGCCAAUGCCAUGGCAGCCCGCGAAAUCAACAUGGCCGGUGAGCCGUAUCACAAGGCUUCGACAUUGAAGGUGCUGGGAAACACCGUAAUCCUGGGCAUGGUCGAGCAGCUGGCAGAGACAUAUGUAACUGCCGAGAAGAGCGGGCUGGGAACUGGCUACCUCAAGCAGUUCGUCGACGCCCUCUUCGGUGGAAGCCCGUACCCUGCGUAUUCGGUACGGAUGUUGGAAGGUGACUACUAUAAGAGAGAAGAACCGCUAUUCGCGGUUGAUCUUGCGCGCAAGGAUGCUGCCCAUGCCAUGGCCAUCGCCAAAGCUGCCGGCACGCGCCUACCAAAUAUCGAAACCGCCGACAAACACCUCCAGAUUGUGAAAGAACACGCGGGACCUUCGGGUGACAUGGCCGGUAUUUACGGCGCCGUGAGAAAGGAAGCUGGUCUCAAAUUUGAAAACGACUCUUAG